CCUUGUGAGCCCCCAUUGUUCUCAGCCUCAUUACGAACAGCUGAAGAAGCCGGUCAGCAGAGCUGUUCAAACACAAACACACACAAAACCCAUAGCAUUACACACAUAGACACAUGCACACACACCACACGGCACCUCUUUCUACACCGCUUUAGGGGCGCUCACUCACUCACUCCCAGAGGCGUUUACCGUCCGUACCCAAACCAGGGCUCAGGAGGAACACACUCAAACACACAAAAACACACACGCUCACACAAGUAUAGCACUGACAUCAGGAUCCUGAAGUACCGCAGAGUUUCACACACAAGGAGAAGAACCAGUGCAGGAGGACUCACCUGUCUCCAUCGCUUUCUCACUCUCCAACCAUGAGGAGGGGAAGCUACGACGAUACGUCUGUCUCCAUCCGACUCCAUCUCCGCAGCCUGGCACAGAGGCGGCGAUCUGCUCCAUCCCUGGUGUUUGGGAGAGCCCUUGGAAUCCCUUGGAACCUCAUCAGGGAGGAGGCGGCAGUGGCGGUGGAGCAGUGUCCAUUCGUGCUGGGGCUGUCCGGUGACAGCUCCCCUCUGGCCCUUGAUGAGUGUGUGCAGCUGACCGAGGGCCAGAAGACCCGCGAGAGACACCUCUUCCUCUUCAGCCAGGAGCUCGUCAUCGCCAAGCUCAAGUCAAGUGCGAGCUACCGUUUGAAACAUCGCUUGAGUCUUGAGGAGCUGUGGCUCUACCCUUGUGAAGAUGAUAAUGAGGAAGAGGAGGAGGAGCCCAUGGACUUUGAGCUCAAAACUUCCCUGGUUCUCGUGUGGCCGCUGGGUUUCUGCGUGGUGACCUUUCGCUCGCCUGAGGUGAAAGAACGCUGGGUAGAGACCUUACACAGGAAGAUUACCGAAGUGCAAGCGAGGUCUGGCUCCAGCUCCCCUCCUCUGGACAUCCUAAUGAAGGUUUUGAGUGGCAGCAUCAUGACUAAAACUCUAACAGAAGGAGGAACGGAAGAAAACAUGGAUGGACCUCCUGAGGGCAACGACAAAGUCUCCGCCUCGCAGAGGCCGUUAUAUAACAAGGAGGAGUCAGAGAAGCAGCCCAUUGGUCACACUGGCAAUCAGGGCGGUAAGCUGAGCUUCAUCACCAGGAAGUUGAAGAGAAGCUCCAUACACAAUGCUUCCUCCUCUCGCAGUGACUCCAGAUCCAGCAGCGUCCUGUUUGGGCAGCCUCUCUCCAAAAUCUGCUUGGAUGAUGGCAGUCUCCCUAAACCCAUCACAGAGAUCCUGCAGCUCUUGCGGAAGAAGGGCCCAGCCACUGAAGGGGUCUUCAGGAAGGCGGGGAACAGUAGGAAUCUGACCACCAUCCGCGAGCAGCUCAACACCGGGGCCAAGGUGGACAUGGAGGCCCUGCCUGUAGUGCAGCUGGUUGGACUGCUGAAGAGCUUCCUGAAGGAACUGCCAGGCUGUCUGCUGGUGGCCGAGAGAUACGACCAGUGGAUCAGCGCUGUGGAGAAGGAAGAUGAACAUCAGAGACUCACAGAGAUCAAGAGCGUGAUUGAGUCUAUUCCUGAGCCCAACAUCCUGCUGCUGCAGCACCUCCUCUGCAUGCUGCACCACAUCAGCCAGAGCUCGCAUGUCAACAAGAUGGACGCCAGCAACCUGGCAGUGUGCAUCUCCCCCUCCCUCCUCCACCAGACGGGGAGCCAGACGACGCAGGAUGCGUUCAUGCAAUCUGAGGAGGUGAAGAAGGUGACUGGCUUGACACAGUUCCUGAUUGAAAACUGCUGCAGUGUGUUUGGUGAAGAUGUUCUGACUCUGCUGGGGGAUCCAGAUGAGGAACUGGCUGACAACUUAGAUUCCAUGUCCUCCCAUCAGCAUGACUCGGCCUAUGACAGCACCGACCCUGAUGCUGAUGGUGACCCCAGAGAAGCAUCGCCAGUGGAUCGUUGCACGGUACGCCCCUGCAAACCUGAUGCCAUGGCGACACACAGGACAGAGCAUUCCAUCGUGGCCUCGUGCUCCUCGGACGCCAUCUUCACCACCUUCACAAACCCCUUUAGCCGCCGGUGCUCCGAGCCCGCCAUCUUCCCGUCUGCGGCCUGCUGCUCUCGCGCCAUGCAAGGCCUGGCACGCAGCCAUGAUGACUUCUCGGCCCACAGUGAGGACUUCCAGGAGCUGAAGAAGCAGACAUCGGAGGACUCCUUCCUGCUCUCCAGGCAGGCAGAGCGGAGGCUGGCCCAGCCCUCAUUGGGGAAGCUGAGCGGGAGCUUGACCACGGACCUCUCCUUGCGCCCUUCCGACCGGGCUUCCACAGCCUCCAAGGACUGUUCCUGCUCCUCGUCCUGUUCAUUGGAGAGUGCCGCCUCCAACAUCUCAGAGGGCUCCGUCUUCGCCAGCUCCCCCCUGUCCUCUCCAGCUUCCCUCAGGAGGUCCCACUCCACCAAGUACCAGGAGGGGUCUUCCAGGUCCCAGUCGGUAACGUCCAAGCCCCCCUCCAAGUCCGAACAGCCCAAGGCGCAAGGGGAGGUCAAGCGUCGCACCCAGUCUAUGAGGGUCAAGGGCCUGGGGAGUCUGUUCGGCCGGGCCACCAUGAAGCCAGGGGAGCCCCAGAGGGAGCCUGCCUUUCCAUGUGGCCCUCUGCACGAGGACUCACAGAGUGAGGCCGAGACCCCCGAAGGCCCCAACCCCCCCGGGGAGCCCCUCCGUCGCCGGCGACCCCUCUCGGCCAUCGAGGUCUUCCAGCACGUGGACAGCCAGCACCCCUGCAGUCCGCCCUCUUACACGCAAGCGCUACUCAACUCUUCCCACUGUGCCCCCCCUCAGUACCCCUUGACCGUGCAGGCCGCCCGUGAUCGGGGCCGCAGGGUCAACUCCCCUUGCCAUGUCAACCGCUUCACAGACUGCUUCCAGACACGCCCCGAACCUGGGGAUCCCAGCGUGUCUGAGCCGACCCCGGCAUUCCGAGCGAGGGCCAUGUCGGAAUCUGUGUCACGGUCACGCCAAGACACCGUGGCGCGACGCUGCAGCCAACCGCUGUUUGAAGAAAUCUCUUAUGCCAAGGAGUCUUAUGUCUAAGCAUAAAACCUGCAUAUGUCUUAGCAUAAGUCUUUUGUCUAAGGAUAAUUGUCACCGACUAUGGACACUAUUUCACCCUCUUUGGAUGUGUACAGUGUACAACUUUCAGGUUGAACCUUCUGAAGUAGUACUGUUUAGAGUACAGAUUCUAAAUAACUAUACUGUUAAACACAUUAAAGCUAUUUAAAUAUGCUAAUAUAAAUUUCUUCAAAUGUUCCAGCCCAGAAGCUAUGUACAUUCGUGUGGAAUUAGAACACACAGUAUAUUUUCCUUGUUAAUACCUCCUGCAAUAGAGUUAUAUUUGUCCAGUGAAGAUAUGUGUUGAAAACUCUUUAAAUGUAUGUUGUUGCUGUUGCUGUUGUUGAGUCAAGUACAGCACAUCUGUAAAUUAGCUUUUUCUUUUUAUUAACUACAGUGUCUUCUUCUCACUACAAUAAAGCACCUUCUUUAUUCUACUAAUA